AAAAUUUACUUAAAAAGGAAACAAAGUUAUCCGCACAGACGGAAAAGAAAGAAAUAAGCUUUCUUAUAAAAUCCACGGACGAUUUCGUCUCUCAUUUAAUGCUUUACCAAACUCAUCAUCCUUUUAUCUUCCAAUUCCCCUCUGCAACCACUUCCUCUUCUCAUCUUCAGACCCAAAUGGAGUGCGUUGAGGUUGCUUUGAAAGCCAGUAUCAGGAAGGAGAUGGCCCUCAAAUUUAGCCCACAAGUGUCUUUCGACGAUUUAUGGGUACCAAAUAUGCAAAACGGCGCGUCGUCUGAUGACUCUAUCGUGGACGAGCUUUUGGACUUCUCUAAUGAAGUUGGUUUAAUUGAGGAAGAAGCAGGAGAAGAAAAAGCUUAUACUGUGUCCGUUUCUCCUAAAGAAGUCCUUGAAGACGAUAAAAUUAGCGAGCAAAGCUCAAAUUUUUCUGCAAAAGAAUAUUUUGGGUCUGUUCCGGCUAGCGAACUUGGGGUUCCGCAGGAUGAUUUGGCAAGUCUUGAAUGGUUAUCGCAUUUUGUGGAGGAUUCCAACUCAGAAUACUCCGCACCGUUCCCGGCUGGAAUUUCACAGGAGAAGCAUAACCAAGACAACCUUUCUGGACUACAAAAACCAGUUCUAACAGAGCAAUGUUUUAAAACUCCUGUGCCGGCCAAGGCUCGAAGCAAGCGGGCAAGAACCUGCGUGAGAGGGUGGCCUCUUGGGUCACCUUCGUUGACAGAAUCAUCUUCAAGCUCUAGCUCAUCGUCCUCUCCUCCUUGCCCUCCAAGCAGUUACCUCAUCUUUACCCCGACGGGUAUGAACCAUGAACCGACAGAACCGGUUUUUUUAGGAAGACCGACUGCUAAAAAGCAAAAGAAAAGACCGGCCGGUGAGUUGCGCAGUGGGGUCGGCGGCGGGUCUCAUGGGGCUCGGCGGUGCAGCCAUUGCGGUGUUCAAAAGACUCCACAAUGGCGAACCGGUCCUCUAGGAGCCAAGACUCUUUGCAACGCAUGUGGAGUCAGAUAUAAGUCGGGUCGGCUUCUGCCCGAGUAUAGACCUGCUUGUAGCCCGACUUUCUCUGGCGAGCUGCACUCUAACCACCACCGGAAAGUGCUGGAGAUGCGGCAGAAAAAGGGGUUGUUGGGUCAGGCAGAACCCGAUUUGGCUCCUGCAGUUGUACCCAGUUUUUGAUAAAUUAUUAUUAGAGUUUUAAUUACAGAGCCAGGCAGCGUGAUUAGGGGGAGGAUUAGGAUAGGUUGAACCGGAUACGUUGAACCCGGUUCAUUUACGUUCGGAGCUUAAUGUGCAAUUUUUUUUCCCCCUCUUGGUGGGUGGGGUAGGUUUGCGUAGUCAUGUAGUUUUUAAAUUAGGGAAGGCUUUAAUAUUGUUUUUUUUUAUAGUAUAAUUUUUAUUUGGUCUUUUUUAGUUUU